UCGGUAUUUUUAAUUCCAAAACACAGGUUUUAGUCGUACGAAUCACCCUGUGGAUCAGUUUUGGAUGCCGCUUUGCACGUGCUGCAAUUGUUUUCAAUUCGCCUAAAUAAUGUCCAAAUUCCUGUCCUAUUACAACCUGUUUCCCAUCCCUGACCCCAAGGAGUUCCUGGGCCUAGCUGCAGACAAGGAAAAUGGCAAUGUGGUGACUACGCUGGCUCGCAAUGUGGUGGUUGUUUUGAAUAUCAGCACACAAAAACAGUUGCUUAGUUGGUCCCUGCCGGAGAAGCUAUCUUCCAAGGUUAUAUACGAUCCCAGCAGCCAGAAAUAUGUGGGCGUCUUUGGAAAUCACGCUCUACGUCUUUGGGAUGUGGACACCAGUGAUGUGUCCAAGUGCAAGAAGCUGAAGUUUCAGAAAAGCAUCGCUCACGUGGUGGAAACCGACCAGGAGGCAUUAAUCCUCUACAGUGAUGGCGAUUGCCAAACCCUUUCCCAGGCAUUGGCUUCGCGAAAGGACCAGAAGGAGGAUACGGCUGAGCAACUGGCCCUGGCUGCCAGCAAGGUCAUCAGCAAACCCACAGUCCAUGCGUUAGCCCAGGGCCAGCAGGUGCUCACAUAUUUCGAGGAAAUAAAGGCCACCGGCGAACUGCAGCUUAUCCGCCUCUCCCUAGACACCGCCAACCGGCGAAGGUACCUCAUUAAGCGGGAAGAGGUUCGCCUCUCGGGAUACGCAAUCGUCGAGGGCGAUGCAGAUCCUCAGUUACUAACCAUUUGGUCUGACAAACGCAUCUUCAUGCUGAACCUGGCGGAGGCCAAAUCAGAACGAUCCCCGGGACAAUUCGUGUCAAUGCUGGCCGAACUGAAUGUGGAGAGCAAGCUAUCCGUGCACGGAGUCUCACGAAACUUUGCUGCCAUCUACGGCGCCAACUACGGGGAGGAGGGCGCCUCACUGUUGGUUUAUAACACUCAGUUCAAGGUAGUCAACGCAAAGCAGUACUUUAAAGUGUACCUGGACUUCUCUCGCCUUUGGGCCGGGAAUGAGCACAUCCUGUUGGCCAUGGGACAUAAUAUAGCGGCGGUGCGCUACCGAAUGAAUCGUGAGGUGCUGGUGGACAUGUUGGGCUCCCAGUUUAGUGAUACUAACCUCUCACCUAUUGAAUUGGAUCACAUAAACGAGGAGGAGUAUCUCGAGUCGCUUAUUAAGUUUGAUGGUAGUACGAAAUCCUCCAAUUAUAGGGCUGUGAAAUCCCAGUUAAAUAAGCAAAUGCCCACCUUGGACUGCCAAAAAGCUGAUGGCCGGGAGUUGGCCUACGAUCCUCCCGAGGUAGUGGAUCAAGAAAUGGACGAAAUCAUCAAGCAGCAUAUCCAUGGAGAGGCGACCAUUUGCGAGAAUGGGCUGGAGGACGUGAGUGUCACUCUAAUGUCGAACUUCUUUGAUAAGGGACCGAAGAACACAGCUGUACAAGCUUUAGUCCGACAGCUGGAGAGAAGUGGAGCAGGCGAAGAAGAGAUAAUCGAGAGGAUUCUUACACUUUUCAUCAAGACCGACAACACAGAGCACGUCCUUAUGUGUCUUCGGCGCUACAGCAACAUAUCGGAGAGAAUGCUAGCCUGGUCACUGCGUUAUGCUCUAGAUAAAUGCAAGCCUCGUCAUACAAUUAAUGGCGAUUCCAACGCUGUACCAAUGGCCAAGAAAUACUCCAACAAAGAGCUGCUAAAUGCAGUGCUAGCCUGCAGAUUUGAUGCCAGCGGUAUCGAGGAUCAUCUGCGAUAUCGACUCGAGCUCUCCCAUGUCCAGCACUUGAUGAACCACCUGUUUGAUCUGGCCAAUGACCCCAAUGUACAGUUGGAGGAACGACCCAGCCUGGAUUGCUCGCCAGUUCAAACAGAAGUCCAGGCUCUCCAGUGGUUUGGCUGCAUCUUGACCUCCCAUUUUACCCUGCUGACUAUCUCCAAGGACGAAGCAUUGCUCGAGACGCUCUCCAAAUGGGCUAAUCUCCUGUCCUUCUACGAAGAAAGUUUGUUCGAUUUAGCCAAUUUGCUGCCGCUGCUCACAAAUAUCGUGGAGAAACGGCAGGCGAAACCGAUGUACUCUACAAAUUGGUAUGGGGUUGAGGAGGUGGCGCUCUACUAGAAAAAUAAUAAAGGUCUUUAGGGUUUCAUUAAGUUUGUUUUACUGAAUAAGCCAAAUAAACCUAGAAUUAACUUAAA